UGAAUAGUGUAUGGGUCAAGAAAGUUUGAAUCUUCAGUACACGUUGUACAGUUACACAACUGUAUGUGAAUGGGUACCUUAAGAUACUUUAAUUUUGUCGUUUUGCUUAAAUUGUUCUUUCAAUUAGGAAUUAAAAGGAAGAUGAAGCUACAUUAUUUUUCAACGUCUCAGGUUACCUAAUCAUAACAUGUAUUUGUUUACCUAAAGAUAUGUAUGAGAUCUGGCAGCGCUGUUUAAAAAACCUGAUCUGUCAAAUAAGGAACAUGUGAGUGUGAGAGGUUUCAGGUUAUGUGGUCAUUAAAAAAUAAAAAUUCUUGGGAUUUGAUUAUGAAUAACAUUGCUAGAUUUCGUUUUUUACCCGUUAGUAAGCUUAGCACAUACAUAAAGCAACAUCCAGGCAAUUCAUGUACCACUACUAAAAGAAUUAUAAUUCAAAAAAAAGUAGCUUCUGAACUGAAAGUUGAGAAAACAACUCCUAAAGUUCGCAUUGAUAACGAAACCAUAGCCUUACUUGAAAGGCUCUCGCUUGUGGAUUGUGAAAACCAAGAAGCAGUGAGAACUCUAGAGUCAGCCUUAGAAUUUGCAAACCAAAUCUUUGAGCUAGAUACAACAAACAUAGAACCACUGAUUACAGUACUAGAAAAUAAGUCUUUAUCUGUAAGAGAAGAUGUGGUAACAGAAGGAAACUGUAGAGAUGAAAUACUAAAAAAUGCAGCAGUUACUGAAGAUCACUAUUUUGUAGCACCUCCUGGAAACAUCCCUUUAGAUAAUAAAAAAUAGAGAUGUUUUUUAAAAUAGCAGAUCUUGCUGUUAAGCAUGGCUUCAUAAGAAAAAAUAUGUUACCCAAUAUAAAUUUUGACCAGUACAAGUUUGGUCCUGUAGGUUUACUUUUAUUAAGUAACCUAGAAUCAGAGUGGUUUUUCCACUUUGUUAUAAACAAAGAUGUUACUGUAUUUAUCAAUAAAGAUGAUUUUACAUCUACUUUUAAUUUUGCCAAAAAUACAUGCUGUGAUAGGUUGCCUUUCGGGAUUGUUGAGAAAAAAGGCAAUAAGAAAAUGAAUUCAGAUGAUUUGAUACAAUAUAAAACAUUAACAAAUAGUGACUCAAUAGAGUUUUGUAAAAGAUUUCCAGAAGAGGAAAAACAGUUUCUUAAAGGUACAUUUUUCAUUUCUCCAAAUGAGUCUACAAAGUUUUUCCAUCAGUUCCAAAGACAGAGGAGGAUAUGGUGGAGAAAGAUUUCAGCAUCGCCAGGUAGAUAUUUGUUAACAGACAAUAAAACCUGUGAAAAUGGUUCACAAACUGUAGAAAUAAAUGCAAAGUAUCCAUGGGGAUACCAAGAAAUUGAAAAAUUGGUUCUUAAUUCUGAUUUAAAUGAUUUAGGUUUAGAGAACAGUCAGGUGCAGUUCAAAGAGGGAAGGAAAGCUGUCAGGCCACACACUGUGACAAGCACUAUCAAUCUAUCCACAAUGUUCUUGAAUUUCCUAUGUGAUGGAUAUGAAGAACCAUUGUUUCAAGGAAAACCAAGAACAAUACUGCGAUUUCAUAGAAAAGUAGCACCUUACAGGAUCAGUUUUGCUGUAUCUGGCACAAAUGCAGUGUCAAUAUCAGAGCUGAGUGACCUAGCCCUUUAUCUAUCCAGGCAAUUGCGUAGCAACCACAUUUCUACCUUACUUUUACCAAGUACAUCAAAACACUCUCUUGAAGCUCAGUAUAAACAGUAUGAUCAACUUGGUGUGCCUUACACUGCUGUUUUAAAUGAAAAUACUCUGAAAGAUGGGAUUCUUUACUUGAGGAGCAGAGAUACAACACUGAAGGAGCAAGUACAUGUUACCAGUUUGGUUACUUACAUAGAACAACUUUUUAAAAACUACUGAAAUGAAGAAAUAUGUUUUUAAUAAAUAUUUUUUGUAAUGCUACCUACAAUGUAAUGUGACUUACAAAUUAUCAUAAAGCCAGCAUACCACAUUUAUCACUACUGAUGUUUGGGCAAUUGUGUUUGACAUAAUUGUUUAACUUAUGCAAGGUGCAAAAUAUUGUAACAAUACAGAGCAUAGCUGUAGCCCCACCAACAAUUUUUGUUGUUUAUUUAGUUGUUUAAAAUAUAAAUGUAUAGAACUUCAUCCCAGUUUUUCAAUUGAAGGUUAAAUGUAAAUUUACUAACUCCCUAAAAGUGUUUUCCAAUAAGUUUGCCCUGUAGUGGUUGAUAUCUUUGAUCAGAGGUCUAUCGAUUAACUAUAAAAUUGUAGUUAAACUGCAAUGCCUAACUUAGUUUGCUUGACAAUGACAUGAAAUGUCAUGGGUGAGACAAACUCUGCACAUCACAAAAUCCAAAGAAGUCAAUAAAUCAGAUGUAUAAGCAAGAUUUCCACAUGAACAAUUAUGAGUCAGUUAACUAUAACUUGAAUUAUGAAAUUCACAGAUAACCGAUUAUUAACUUCCAAGUUCUUAUUACCUAACCUGAAAGUUGACCUGCAAUUGGGCUUAAACAGGAUCAAUUUGUUGUUAAAUCAAUUAGAAUCAGCUCCAUUUAUUAUUUCUGUUUCCUUUAUCAUAUCUAUAAGUUGUAUUAAGUUACAAUGGACUGAGCAAAAUAAAGCUGCAAGUUGUUGGUGGCGCUGUAGUUAUUCUCUCCACUAUAACUGCAAUAAUAUAUCUAUGGAAUACAACUUAAAUUAAUAGUUACACCCAGUCUAUAAUACAUAAUGGUGCUAAUUAGGCCCUGUUGUAUUAAUUUGCCCAUAUGUAGUUAAUUAUGGACUAUGACUGAAAUUCAAUGUUUCUAAAGGUUUGGUUUUAACAGCCUCAAUUUUCUUAAGGCAUUGAGUUAACAAUGAUUCUUGCACCUGUUCCAUGCUCUCAGCUGCAUUUAUUUUUACCCAAUUGUCACUUUCACUAUAUAGUCUUUCAAAUACUUUUGCUACCUUCCUUUGUGUCUCUACGUUUUCGUAUCUCUCGUUUCCGAAGCCUGGUCUGAUCAACAUUUCUUCUUCACUUAAUGUUAAAAGGAACACUAUAUCUGGUUUUGGAAGACCGUUCUCGGGUUGUUUGCACCAUGCAUAGUCCAUAUCUAUAAAAAAAAAUACAAAUAGCUGUAACAUGGAAGAAUGUAUAUGUAGACUUAUUUGUCAAAAUAAACGCACAUUAUUCAUUUCUUUGUACAUUGAAAACCAUUAUAUACGUACUUUUUUUCGCCGAAGAAAAGGCUAUUCCUGAAUAUGAGUACCUAUCAACAACAAGUGUUACACCAUCGUAAAGCAUAUUCUUAAUCUUUUCUG